GCGCCGGCGCUGCGCCCCAGUGCGAGCCCCGCGGAGCGCCGCAGUGGGCGCAGGCUGCCCGCAGCCCCUGGCCCGGCCCGGCCCGAGCGCCCGCCGCCCGCCGCCCGCCGCCCGCCGGCCGCCGCCCCACCCGCUCGGCAAGAUGUCCGUGAAGGAGGGCGCCCAGCGCAAGUGGGCGGCGCUGAAGGAGAAGCUGGGGCCACAGGACUCGGACCCCACCGAGGCUAACCUGGAGAGCGCCGACCCCGAGCUGUGCAUCCGGCUGCUGCAGAUGCCCUCCGUGGUCAACUACUCGGGCCUGCGCAAGCGGCUGGAGAGCAGCGACGGCGGCUGGAUGGUGCAGUUCCUGGAGCAGAGCGGCCUGGACCUGCUGCUCGAGGCGCUGGCGCGGCUGUCGGGCCGCGGGGUGGCGCGCAUCGCCGACGCCCUGCUGCAGCUCACCUGCAUCAGCUGCGUGCGCGCCGUCAUGAACUCCCCGCGCGGCAUCGAGUACAUCCUCAGCAACCCAGCCUACGCGCGCCAGCUCUCUCUCGCCCUGGACACGUCCAACGUGAUGGUGAAGAAGCAGGUGUUCGAGCUGCUGGCUGCCCUGUGCAUCUACUCGCCCGAGGGCCACGCCCUCACCCUGGACGCCCUCGACCACUACAAGACCGUGUGCAGCCAGCAGUACCGCUUCAGCGUCAUCAUGAGCGAGCUGUCGGACAGCGACAACGUGCCCUACGUCGUCACCCUGCUCAGCGUGGUCAACGCCGUCAUCCUGGGCCCAGAGGACCUACGCACACGCACCCAGCUGCGCAGCGAGUUUGUCGGGCUGCAGCUGCUGGAUGUCCUGACCCGGCUACGAGACCUGGAAGAUGCCGACCUGCUGAUCCAGCUGGAGGCCUUCGAGGAGGCGAAGGCCGAGGACGAAGAGGAGCUGCUGCACGUGUCCGGCGGGGUUGACAUGAACAGCCACCAGGAGGUCUUCGCCUCCCUGUUCCACAAGGUGAGCUGCACCCCGGCGUCCACCCAGCUGCUGUCCAUGCUGCAGGGCCUCCUGCACCUGGAACCCACCCACCGCUCCAGCCAGCUGCUCUGGGAGGCCUUGGAGAGCCUGGUUAACCGGGCCGUGCUCCUGGCCAGCGACGCCCAAGAGUGCACCCUGGAGGAGGUGGUCGAGCGUCUCCUGUCCGUCAAGGGGCGGCUCCGAACAAGCCCCCUGGACAAAGCCCACAAGAGCGUCCAGGCCACCCUGGGCCAGAGUCAGAGGGGCAGCUUCCCUGAAGACGGCACUGCCCCUGAGGCCAGCGUGGAGGGCCAGCAGCCAGCAGUGGCCCCCGCCUGGCAGCCCGUGGGCAGCGGCCAGAGAGACAGUGGCGGGAAGACCCCACAGCCGAGUGCCCUGGAGCAGGGGACACCCACCCCACCCCCGCCUGCACCCCCCCUUCCUAGCUCUACCACCGGGGCCCCUCCCUCUUUCCUUUCCCACCAGCCAGGCCUGGGGGCCACGUCCCCCCCAGCACCUCCUCCCCCUCCCCCACCCCCACCCCUGCCAUCCUCCUGUGGGCUCGUGCCCCCCCCACCUCCACCACUCCCGAGCAUGGGGUGCUGGUGCCCACCCCCACCCCCACCUCCACUGCCUGGAGUGGACUUGGGCCCCCCCCCACCUCCACCCCUGCCCGGCCUCCCUGGCCCUUCCGAAGUGGACGGCGUGGAGGAGGUCAUUGUGGCCCAAGUGGACCACAGCCUGGGCUCGGCCUGGGUCCCCAGCCACAGGCGGGUGAACCCGCCCACGCUGCGCAUGAAGAAGCUCAACUGGCAGAAGCUGCCGUCCAACGUGGCACGUGAAGGCAACUCCAUGUGGGCGGCGCUGGGCAGUCCGGACACCGAGGUGGUGGAGCCCGACUUCUCCAGCAUCGAGCAGCUCUUCUCCUUCCCCGUGGCCAAGCCCAGGGCGCCGGCCGCUGCCGCCCCCGCCAGGAAGGAGCCCAAGGAGAUCACGUUCCUCGACUCCAAGAAGAGCCUGAAUCUCAACAUCUUCCUGAAGCAGUUUAAGUGCUCCAACGAGGAGGUCACCGCUAUGAUCCGGGCCGGGGACACCACCAAGUUUGACGUGGAGGUUCUCAAACAGCUCCUCAAGCUCCUUCCGGAGAAGCACGAGAUUGAAAACCUGCGGGCCUUCAGAGAGGACCGAGCCAGGCUGGCCAACGCCGACCAGUUCUACCUGCUCCUGCUGGGCGUUCCCUGCUACCAGCUGCGGGUCGAGUGCAUGCUGCUGUGCGAGGGUGUGGCUGUCACGCUGGACAUGGUGCGGCCCAAGGCCCAGCUGGUGCUUGCCGCCUGUGACAGCCUGCUCACCAGCCACCGGCUGCCCGUCUUCUGCCAGCUCAUCCUGAGAAUCGGGAACUUCCUCAACUAUGGCAGCCACACCGGUGACGCUGACGGCUUCAAGAUCAGCACGUUGCUGAAACUCACGGAGACCAAGUCCCAGCAGAACCGGGUGACACUGCUGCACCAUGUGCUGGAGGAAGUGGAGACCAGCCACCCCGACCUCCUGCAGCUGCCCCGGGACCUGGAGCAGCCCUCCCAGGCAGCAGGGAUCAACCUGGAGGUCAUCCGCUCAGAGGCCAGCUCCAACCUGAAGAAGCUUCUGGAGACAGAGCAGAAGGUGUCGGCCUCGGUGCCGGAGGUGCAGGAGCAGUACGCGGGGCGCCUCCAGGCCAGCAUCGCAGCCUCCCAGGCGCUGGACAAGCUCUUUGAGGACAUCGAGCAGAAGUGGCAGGAGCUGGCCGACUACCUGUGCGAGGACGCCCAGCAGCUGUCCCUGGAGGACACCUUCAGCACCAUGAAGACCUUCCGCGACCUCUUCAUCCGCGCCCUGAAGGAGAACAAGGAGCGGAAGGACCAGGCGGCCAGGGCAGAGCGGAGGAAGCAGCAGCUGGCCGAGGAGGAGGCGCGGAGGCCUCGGGGCGAGGACGGGAAGCCAGGCAGGAAGGGGCCCGGGAAGCAGGAGGAGGUGUGUGUCAUCGACGCCCUGCUGGCCGACAUCAGAAAGGGUUUCCAGCUGCGGAAGACGGCCCGGGGCCGCCCGGACACCGACAGGGCCAGCAAGGCAGCUGCAGGGGACGCCCCAGGCGUCACGGAGUCUGGGGCCAGCAGGGACCCUGCAGGAGGCCCCAGGGGUGGCACUCGCUGCCCCACCUCUGGGCCGGGCCUUGAUGCUUCAGCCACCAGUGAGCCCCCAGGCUGGGACCUUGUCGAUGCCGUGACCCCUGGCCCGCAGCCCACCCAGGAGCCGUCGGAGGAGGGUGGUCCCAGACCCCUCGAGAGGCGUUCUUCCUGGUACGUGGACGCCAGUGAUUUCCUAGCUCCAGAGGACGCCCAGUGUCCCCAGCCCUCGGAGGGGGCCUGGCCAGUGACUCUGGGCGACGGUCAAGCCCUGCGGCCCCUCAAGUUCUCCAGCGAAAAGCCCCCUGGGGCCCAAAGUUCCAGCCAUGACGCCGAGGGCCCCGCAUCCUUGGGGGACAGCCGCCGGGCCAAGGCCGACAGCACAAGCCAGGGACCGGAGGACGCAGGUGUCCAUGGCCGCAGUGCCGGCCUCCCGGCUGCAGGCCUUGCUGAGGACGCCGACGAGGAGGACCCGGCCCCGGAGUCCGCACUGGACACGUCCCUGGACAGGUCCUUCUCUGAGGACGCAGUGACUGACUCCUCGGGGUCCGGCACCCUCCCCAGGGCCCGCCGGGCCUCGAAAGGGCCGGGCCGGCGAAGGAAGAAGCGUUCGACAAGGAGCCAGGAAGCAGAGGUUGCCCCUGAUUGUGGUGAUAGUAAUACAAAAAGGCUGUGUGUGAUCCAGUGAGAGCCACUGGGGAGGAACCGCAGACUUCGCACCUGGGCCCCACACUGCCCCGACACCUGUCCCGAGAGCCCUGGGCAGUGGGCGCAGCGAUGUGUCACGUCCACACGGCAGUGUGUCGGUGCUCGGCCCACGCCCUGGGCACGUGCCCCAGUGUCCCUGUAAUGCCGCUCAGGGCCCUGGCUUUGGGUUCUUUGGAAACGAGAUCCCGUCCAGAAUCACAGGCUGUUCGGUUGUCACAUCUCUUCAGUCUCAUUUGCUCUAGAA